ACCUUCCCUCACGCUCGACGCGGUGCGCCUCUCCGGCUCUCUGUCCGCCUCUCCGCCGUCAUAGUGGCUGCUCCAAGCGGCAGCGACCCCGGCAGAAAAGGCCGUAAGACCCCCGCCAUGGUGAAGAACGGGUUUGCGAGGCGCUCGAAGAAUGAUUUGGCCUUUUAAAUAUUUUUAUCAGUGUUUUAACUAACUCGUUUAAAAAUGGUAAAAUAUUCGGGAUGAUACCAUCAAGUGCCCGCGUACGUUCACUGCUUUCAUCCAAAACCGUGGUCCGCAAGGGGGAUGUAUGCCUGACUUCUCUUAAUAGCCAUUUUCUGCAGACAAAGAGCUCUGUUGAAUAGAGCUUUCCAAAGGCACACGGGUCCCGGGGGCUCCUGUUGAUGAAGAAAGUGGGCAACAUGUGGAGCAACCUGAAGAGCAAAUGCCAGACACUGUUUCACAACAACGGUUCCGGACCCAGUGAAAGCAGGGCGGAGGCCGACUGCGUCCACUGCGUGGUGGACCUCGGCCUCGGAAGCAGCUCAGGUGAGGCGCAGGCAUCGCGAGCCUCGAGCCCUGCACGGGGCCUCCUGCCAGUGCCGAUGGCGACGGUGGGACGCCGCCACCACCACAACUGUGUGUCGGACAUCCCCCAGAUAGUGGAGAUUACGAUCGACAAGGACAGCGAGGAUGUGCGGGGCGGAUCGGGCGGCACGCCCAUGGCCCGGAGAGACUCCUAUUCCCGCCAUGCCCCGUGGGGGGGCAAGAAAAAACACUCGUUUUCUACCAAGACCCAGAGCUCUCUGGAGGCAGAGCGGCGGCCCGGGCGUCUACGGGGGUCCGGGAAUCGCAGGGACAGGCGUUACGGCGGCGGCUCCAUCCAGGAGAUGUGCGACUCGGUGUCUGGAGGGCGCAGUCUCAACGGUCGUUCUCUGCGCCAGCGGCUGAGCGACACAGUGGGGCUGUGCUUACCGCUGCCCGCUCGCAGACGCUGCCGCUCCUCUAAGAACCCCGUCAGCUCCAAGCGGAAGAUCCACCUGACGGAGCUCAUGCUGGAGACCUGCCCCUUCCCGCCGGGCUCAGACCUUGCAAACAAGUGGCACCUGAUCAAGCAACACACGGCACCGGUCAGCCCGCAUUCCUCCACCGCCCUGCUGGACGCCUUCGACCCAGCGCACCCGUCUCCCGAGGACGAGGAGGAGCGUCUGCGCGAGCGCCGGCGACUUAGCAUCGAGGAAGGUGUGGACCCCCCACCUAACGCUCAGAUCCACACCCUGGAGGCCUCAGUGCCGGGCUCCUCCCUCUACAAACUGGGACCAAAAUUGGGUCCUGGCACAGGAGAGUCCUCCGGGGAAGGCCGCGCCUCGGGCAGCAGCUCUGCGGCCGGCGGCUCGUUGGGGGCCUGCGGGCCUGUGUUGGGGGCUGCAGCGUCAGCGGCUCAGGACUGUGACUCCGAGGAGGAUACGACCACCCUCUGUCUGCAGGCCCGGAGGCCCAAGCAGAGGCACGCCUCAGGGGACGCCCACCUCAGCAGGCAGCAGCCCGGCCCCUGGAAGGUUCACACUCAGAUAGACUACAUCCACUGCCUGGUGCCAGACCUGCUGCAGAUCACCGCCCUACCCUGCUACUGGGGCGUGAUGGACCGCUACGAGGCCGAGGCGCUGCUGGACGGACGGCCCGAGGGGACCUUCCUUCUGCGCGACUCCGCCCAGGAGGACUACCUCUUCUCUGUUAGCUUCCGCCGUUACAACCGCUCGCUGCACGCCCGCAUCGAGCAGUGGAACCACAAUUUCAGCUUUGACGCCCACGACCCUUGUGUUUUCCACUCUUCCACCGUCACAGGACUGCUAGAGCACUACAAGGACCCCAGCGCCUGCAUGUUUUUUGAACCGCUGCUCACGGCACCUCUCCAUCGGACCUUUCCCUUUGGCCUGCAGCACCUGGCCCGAGCCGCCAUCUGCCGCUGGACCACUUACGAUGGUAUAGGCUCUCUGCCGCUGCCCCCUGCCCUGCAGGACUUCCUCAAGGAGUAUCACUAUAAACAGAAAGUACGAGUUCGCUGGCUGGAGAGGGAACCGCCACUCAAGGUCAAAUAGGGUGGGCUUCUCCAUUGCCUGUACACACUGCAGGAGGAUUAUGGAAUUUAGAGAAAUAAUCUAAAAAAUAGUCCUCAUUAGCCAAUUAGACACUAUACUGAUACAACCCUCUUUCUGGCGAGGGAUGGGAUUUAAAUGUAACAAGAUUCAUUCUAAUCUUUGUUUUAGUUACUGCUUACAUCACAGAAUAUACAUAUGAUCAUAUUCAGUAUAACGCUGUCUGGCAAGCACAUGUUUUUUUGUGUUGAACAGGUUGUUUUGACAGGGAUGGACGGCACAAAUAUCAGCGCUUUGUGUCUUUAUUUUCGCCUGCUUUGUGCUAAAUGCCUGCCUGGUCCCACAACAUCACCCUGCCUGUAGACCUGCCCGCAUGCCCCCCCCCCCGUAUUCAUCCCAAAAUGCUAUUUAGGCCCACAUGGCUACAUUGUACAGUUCACUUUGUGCUUUCUUUUUUUUUUUUUUUUUAGCUAAAGCACCUAGUGGGGCACCUUCCCAAGAGGGUUUUAAGAUGUGUGUGUUUGUGUGCGUGUGUGUGUGGGUGGGUUGAGAGGGCAUCCAAUGAUGCCAUUAUUUUAUUGCAGUCAGAGCUUGUCCCAUGGAUGGAGCUACAUAAGGCACAUUCUUUGCACGCAUGAGCAUCAGCUAAGCCGGGGGCAGAUUCUGAGAGGGUCCACAGAGUUCAGGGCAGCACAUCAGGGAAAUGAAAUGCUUUCUAAGGACUGUAGAUUAGUCCUUUUUUAAACAAAAAAGCCCAUAGUUCCUCCUCAAGCAGUAAUAGUGAAUGAUGAAUCCUUCUGCUGUGUCCUAUUCAGUGAGCAAGCAGAACGUUUCAACGUUAUUUCCAUUGUGCAUCAUUGCUUUCCAGAUUAUUUUCUUGCGAUCUGUCCCUCUUAACAAUUCUUGCCAUAGUUGUGUGACUGUUCUUCAUUUUGCGUUUACUCACAGUUUCUUUCUCCCUGAAUGCGAUUUAGCUUCCAGGGUAACAUGUGAGCAGUUUGUGUAGCUACGUGAGGUCUUGUUGGUGCUGGUACCUCUUGUUGGCAUCUGGAAUCUACGUAUCCCAGUCCGAUUGAUACUUUGCCUGACACAUGGUGUAGAUUGCACCAAGACGAGCUGUAGGUGAAGUCCAAAAUCCCCAAUGCCAGAGUCCUUAUUUGAAAAAAUAACUGAAAGGAUCUGCUUGAACUACUCAGGCUUCUCCUGAUACUUCAAAGGCCAACCAAGAACCGGUUUUGAUUAGUUGGUUAGUGUCUUUUACAACAUAAUUUAUAUUUCUGCUAAGAAACUGUUAAAAUAUGUUGUUAAUGAAUAAUCACUGUGUCGCCGACAGAGAAAAAAUGCUGUAGCCUAUUCUUUGGAGCUGAGCUCCCCGACUACAGCGUCUCAGCCCCGAACACAUCCCCUCGUGGCCCGGAGGCAUUUAUAGUUCCUGGUCAUGGCUCUGAGCACAGGCAGAACUCGACUCCGAAGAGGUCGGCAUAUCUCUGAGAGAAGGAUCUCAGUUGGGUUACUUGGGACAAAUACUUUGUCUGCCAGCCAGUCCUUUCUGUUUUUGUUCUCAUUAUGAAGAGGAAAUAAGUGUGACCUAUGUGCCUUUCAGAGAACCGUAUGUCACGAUACCCAAUAAUUAGUUGCUUUGUAGUCCAACACCUGCAGCGGGAGGUGUUCUUAAACCAUGAAAUGAGAAUGCAGAGAAUAAUGACGACAAGGUGCUCGGCUAUUUGUACGACGCAUGUUGGAGGAAUUUGUAACGGAUACAAUUUUAGCGGUGCUACGUUUGGCGACAGACUAUUGAAAUAAGUUGUACAUGCGUCUGUUCUCGCUCACUAACGCAUUCGUCUCCCGCACGUCACGUCCCGUAUGCUACCACGAGGUGGUGAGUGGGUCCGAUGGCAGCCCUCCUGUAGCAUAUGUCACACAGACCAAUCAAUCAGCCACAGUGUUAGUUCUAAAUCAUGGUCGUGAUGAUGAUGAUGAUGAUGACACACGUUACCUGGCUCUGACAAUGACUUUGACAAUGAGAUGGUCUGAGGUGAAAACGGUGCAUAUUCCUCGGUCCCAUAUCCAUCUGCGAGGAUGAACCCGAGCACACGUGGAGUGUGUUUCGUAGCCUGUGACUGUCUGAGCCGGGGACCAAAGAGUGUGCUUCAGCGUAUUAAUGUGCCUGGCGGUGCUCUAAUGAUCAUAUUUCAGAGUUUCAUACCAGUAAAAGUAUGUUAACUGGCUCGUCUGUGUGAGUAUAUACACACAAAGACACUGUGAAACUCAACACUUGACAACCUCCUCUGUUGUCUCAUUUUCACUUGUCUGGCAGGUAACAAGACAUUUCUUUAUGCAGCUGUGAAAAGAUAACUUUCAUAUGGAAGAGUAAACUUUUCUCAAUUCUCACCAGCCCAUUUUUACUUUCUCUACUGAUUUCACAGAACAUCUCGAACCCUUUCAGGCCCCCCUGCACUUUGUUCUCAGAAAGCUUGAAUACGUACGGCGGGAGUGGGUGUUGAUUUGGGCGCGGUGGGGGGCAUACGGUAGACAUUUGAGUUGCUUGCACUUGGUGUUUUUAGGAGUUUUAGCAUCCACACUGGCGAAUAGAGGAAAUCAGUGUCGGUGUCACCCGUCUGUCCGUGCUCCCGCCUCUUCUCAGCGCCCCACGCCCCUCGCAGGCACUAAUCACACGCUAAUUUCACCAUGUCGGGGAUAUACAUGUACUGGUUACUAAAAGGGUCACUCAGUGUUGCCUCAGAGCUGAGGGAGGCCUUUUUUCAUAUUUUAACUGCCCCCACAGCCCCCCCCCCCACCUCUGUGCUGAUGUGGAGGUGGCGUGGAGUGAACUGAGGCCUGUUUGUCCUACCCGCUAGGCUAAAGUUGACGCUACUCGCCGGGAGGGGGGGGGGGGGGGUGUGGGGGGACAUUCAACGACUCCCUGUGUGCACAACAGAGAGGGCUCUGGAUCAGUUGAAGUAAAAAAGCACUUUAAUUGCGUAUUUGUGUUUGACGGCAGCGUCUGCGAGUACAAGGACAGCGGCAAUUUAUUUAGUCUCUUAUAUUGGAUUUGAAAUGACUGGCUGAACACUUGAGGCUUUGAUUAGCAUCCAUAUUGGGAAAACACUUCAGCCUCACCUGAUCACCGGGAGCAGAGAGGUUCAGCCCUGAUAUGCUGCGUUACAGAGCCACAAAUUGUCCAAAUAUUUAUUGACGGCACUGUUUUUGUGUUUGGGCUCAAAGCGGGAGCGCUAGUUGCGUAAGAAAAUGCCAGCAGUCUUGACAAACACAUUUCCCUUGUAUAUUCUGGUCGUGUCCAGGGAGCUGCGUUCUCGCCGUAUGGCGAUGCACAUUUGCAUCUGGACGGAGCCACACGGAGGGUUUCAGUGGAGGGGACGCAGAGUGGACUGUGAGGGGGGGGUGAUGCCGCUGUCUCCUAUGAACAAUGCCCCUCUGCACCCCCGCCCCCCUCUUCUUAUUCUCAGGCAGGCCCAUUGCAAGGAGAGUCCCGGGACCCUCUCAACCAAGUUUUUCCCCAUGGGAAACAUCCGACGUUAACCCUAGCAUACGUUUGCCAUAUGAACCCCCGUAGAUUUAAAAAAAGGGGGGAAAAUAAAUAGAUUAAAAAACGAAAGGAAAAAAAACUAACUUUGUAUGUAUGCUGAAUGAUGAAAGUUAUGUAAUAGGAGCCUGAUUCUUCUGCGGUGCUUUAACUGUUUGGGACACAUACAUUUUGCACACACUAGCUGUCACUCGCACCUGCACCACCCCGCCCCCGCCCCCCAGGUAUUGACACACAUCCGCACUACCCCAAACCUAAGCAAACGGAUGUGUAGAAAUGGACCACAUUUAGCCAGCACCACCUUUCUGUGUCACCCCCCCCGCCCCCCCUCACCCCCAAAAAAGGGGGGAGCAGAGAUGGGUGUUUACCUGCACAUUCACAUUCUAUGUUCUUCAGAAAAAUCUAAUGCCGUGAAUUAAACUCUUUUGACCGCACGCUGUCAUUAGUAUGACAUCGUUUAGCUGCACUAUGAGAGCCUCGUCAUGUGGAAAGAAACCACUGGGUCCGGCCUGGAUGGAGUCCCCCUAAACUACUGCAACACCCCUGCAUGAAGGACUUCUAACCCCCCAUCAUCACCCAACUCGGUACUAAUUAUGGUUGAGCUCUUAGAGGACAAACAAAAAAACAUUUUUUCAUGUUCCCAUGUAUAUAUAUAUGCAUAUAUAUAUAUAUUAGAAAGUGCUAUAUGCAAAUAGAAAUUAUAAUUUUUCAUUUUACUUCUCCCUAAUAUGCAAAUGGAGUGUAGUGUAACAAUGGUUGCAAUCCUCUGUCACUUUAAUGCUGUACGUGCACAUUGGUUGCUGUGUAGAUGUCGGGUGCCGAGGCAACAGGACCUGACAAUGAUGCGAACUAAUGGUCAUCACUCUGCAGCACCGGCGUGUUCCCAGACCGCCUUGUUCGUUCCGACCAAUCGCAGGGUGCCCUCUUAAGUCCCGGGUCUCAGCCAUUGCCCCAGGCUGACCGUGCUUGACCGCGUUGUCGGACGAAUUCUCGCCGUUCCAUUAUCUUCUGCUUUUCCUUGCUUUUUCUUUCCGUUUCGUUUUUUUUUUCUCUCUUCUGCUGUCAUGUAGGAUUUGGAGCGUGUAAAUGGCAUAAUCAUGUUCACAUUUCACUGUCUGUUGUGUGUAUCUGCUUCAUCAUUCAAAGAGACAAAAAAGUACCUGUUUUCCAGUAUAACCUGUUCAUUUUUAAGAGCCGUAUGAUGCGACACUUGUAGCUGUCACUCUUGGUGCUUGGCUUAUGCUUCAUUGUCUUAAUAUUCCAAAUAAAACUGUUAAGUGUAAUCCACACUGGCCCAUGAUAUAAUAUUGAGUUUGUUUUGUUUUUUAUCUUGCAUUAAGAGUCUUGUAGUUGUAUGGUUGUAUUAGCAGGGUGAGAUUUGUUCAGAGUUUAGGGGGCGAUGGUGGAUAACUGAGACCAGAAGACAUACAUUUCUUAUUUUAAAGUCACAUAUAAGGCGAUAACAACACAUUUCAAACGUGAGUAAGCCUUUGAAUAUUCCCUUUUCAAUUUAAAUAACACAAAAAUAAACUCAAAUUCAUGAAUGAAUGUGACAUUUUUCCAAACUUCUAGGCAUUUAAAACACAAGCAUUCUAGGUAAACAUGUCUUUGAAAGCCAGACACACAACGGCCUGAGUCGCGGCUCUGAAGAUAUGAGGCUGGCUCCUUAUAGUGCAGCGUGUCUGUGGGAGUACGCUACUGCAGGGAAACCUCCCUGGAAAAACCGGGUCUCAAAUCUGUGGGGCCCUCAUUGACGGUGUGUACAGGCGAUAUAGAUGACACGAAGCUUCUUCCAUCACAUACAUUGACAACCACAAACAAAGCAAAAAAGGCAGUUAGAGUGAAAUAUUCAGCUCUCACAGAGAGCAAUGCAAUUACUCAAAACUGAAGAGACUGCAAACCUUUUUGAGUUACAGGUGGUACAAUACCUCCCAAAUUACCUAUAGUGGGCAGCUAUGCUCCCCCCCAAUAGACAGAUAACUCCCAGCAUUCCUCCAGAGCUCAGCCUUACCCACAAUCCACCUGAGCUCAGCAGCAGCUAUGCAGACCGACCAAGCUGCCUGGAACUUCACAGUUAAGUAUUUGUUCAUUUGAAAUGAUGUAUAAAUAGCAUGUGGGUUAUCGGUUUCAAGUUAGCUGCCCGAGGCUUAUGAAUAAUUGAGGAGGGAGAGGGUGAGCUGCCAUACGGGGCAGUAAAAACUUUCUGUGGGCUCAGAGGGACCAACAAAACUGAGCAACAAACUCGUAUAAACUCUCUACAGCCACUGGGUAUCCGCGCUCUGAAAGCAUACCCUCAAGUCUCCCGUUAAAACCCUCGCCGCAAUAGAAGCCAAGCAAUAACUCCGGAGUGGAGAGUUGGAUGUGGGUCACUGGCGGGAGUAGGUGGAUGAAUAUGCAAGAUGAUGAAGUUCUUGUCAGUUUAUCAGGAGGCCAAACCCUCCUGAUAUCAUCUGCGUGUGGCCCAGUCAGCUCUGUCUGAGACGCCUUGUUAUCAGCCGGGCCCACUGUUCGCUCUGCCCUAUCUGUGGCUGGCACAUUUGAGUUGCAGCAAGCGCUUGUUGUUGGCAGCAGCAUCAAAAGACACGGCCAUGGUGAGAAUAGUUGCCCCCCCCCCAUCGAGAUAAAAAGUUUCUUUUUUCCUUUGUUUGCUCCAAUGCCAAGAAUGCUAGCUUGUGUUUUCUAUGCCGCUUGAUAAUGACGAUUUCUCAAAUACCGUGGAUUUUUUAUUCAUUUUAAAGACGCACUUAUUCAACAUACUUUAAAGAUUGCCUAGUUCCAAAUAAGUGCUCUCGCAUUGCAGUGUGCUCGAAAGUUAUUUUGGGUUUUAUCAUGUGGGAAAGUGCAAAGCGUUUUGGUGCUGUGAAACAUUUCCAAAAUGUCAAAUUGAUGCAAUUUAAUCAGUAGUUUGACAUUUUGGGAAGUGAACUUUGGUUUUGUACCAAGAGUUAGAUGAAAAGAUCAAUACCACUCUCGUCUCUACACUUGAUAUGAAGCCUUAGCUUGCAGCCUUUUAGCUUAGCAUAAAGACUAGAGAAGGGGUGUAACUGCUAGCUUGGCUUCGCAGAAAGGUACUUGUAUCUCGCUAAAUCACACACAUGCUACGAAUACAAGUAUAAUCCAUGCACAUGAAUAAAAUGUGUGUGUGAUAUUUAUCUUAGAUGAAAUGUGUCAAUGUGUCAUGUCUCUGUGUCGCAAAGGCGUAGAUGGGCAGAAACACUUUCAUAUUAAAGGAAAAAAAAAGAGACAAACGCUCAAUAACCAAUUGCAUUAAAUUACAGAAGCUUCUCGAAUCGAGGCCUGGCCGGACGUGGACUCAAUACUUUGACUCCUAACAAAAACAAAGUGCAACCAGAAGCCUGUUAGUUUAGCUUAGUACAAAGACAAGGCAAACCGACGAGUCUAAAGAAAAGAAAACAAAGGGAACUCGCUGCUUGACAAUCCUAAUCGCAAUGCUAUGCUAAGCUAAGCUAACUAGCUGCUCCCCGAGCUUCAUGUUAUGCGUGAGAGAGUUGGACAGAUCUUCCAUACAACACUCGGCGAGAAAAUAAUUACACUUGCCAGUAAGCUGAACAAUUUAUUUGAGUUGCAACAUAUUUAGUAAUCAGGUCUUUAUACUUUUGUAUUUUUAACCAGUAAAUCUUUACAGCUUAAAUGUUCCCUCUCUCCUCUAACUCCUGUCUCGCUUGGGAACCAAUAAGGCUUUUCAUUUCCUUCACUUCUCCUGCUCUGAGCCCACAUUUCUCCCAGCGCCCGCAGUGCUAAGCCCAGAGCUCAACGCAGAUACGCACCACAUGGCUGCCUGCAUGUCUCCUGCACGCAAACUGCAGUAACACUGGAAAGAAGAUGAGGGUGAGGAGGAAGAGUGGCAAGUGAGGCACCAGCACAGAGUACGAGACGCUGCUGUUGCUUUUCUGGCAUUGGAGGGUUGCCAAGUCCGUGGCGGCGAAGUGGGCAUUGACCUUCGGGUGACCUUGCACGGAUGCACAUACUGUGCGGGCGUGGCCUCACACAAGGCUCGCGUCCACAUUUCAGAGCUCACAUCCGAGUGGCUCCUCUUCCUCAGGGCCAAUAGUCUG